ACUCGGUCAACCUUCUUCUAACUCUCCUGUAGAUUCUGUUCUUCCUCCACCUCCUCAAGUAGACCACCAUUCAUCGCAGGGAAACGGGAGCUUUACCCUUCUACCUUCGAUUCGUCUUCUCUGUCAAUAUUUCAAUGUAUUUGACCUGGUAGCUGGUGCCUGCAGGAGAUACAGUUCCCAUUUCAAGCACCCAAUUUAAGUCCGCGCCCUUGGUUAUCCUGCUGCCCUCUAAAGCAGUCCUCCAUGAACAUGGAGAAGGAGGAGAUAUGGAGGCUGGUCUUUGUGUUAUUCCUUGGCCAACUGGUUUCUUUCUUCCUUGCGGUUGCCAGCUUCACUUCUUCUUUAAUAGCAGAGCUGGGUACUGAUGCACCACUCACGCAGUCUUUCUUCACAUACCUUUCCCUGUCCCUAGUUUAUGGUGCAGCUUUCCUGUACCGGCGUCAGAAGCUUCUGGUUGCUUGGUAUUGGUAUUUUGUGUUAGCCUUUGUUGAUGUGCAAGGGAACUAUUUAGUUAUUAAGGCUUAUCAGUACUCGUCAAUCACUAGCGUCACACUACUGGACUGUUGGACCAUACCAUGGGUGAUAAUUCUCACCUGGCUUGUAUUAGGGACAAAGUACAGUCCAUGGCAAUUUUUGGGUGCAGCGGUUUGUGUGCUAGGCCUCGGUUUGGUGCUUCUCUCUGAUGCAGGCGUAUCUGGUGGAGGUGGCACAAAACCUAUUAUCGGUGAUAUACUUGUUAUUGCAGGAACAUUUUGUUAUGCAUUCAGCAAUGUUAGUGAGGAAUAUUGUGUUAAGAAGAAAGAUCGAGUUGAACUACUCACAAUGCUUGGGGUCUUUGGGGUGCUAGUCAGUGCAUGUGAGAUAUCUAUUAUCGAGAGGAAAGACCUUGAAUCAGUUAAGUGGUCUGCCACAAUGAUAUCUUUAUUUGUUGGCUUUGCUGCAUCAGCAUUUCUGUUCUACACCGUCGUUCCCUUUGUUUUAAAGAUGAGUGGAGCAACUUUGUUCAAUCUCUCUCUUCUUACAUCCGAUAUGUGGGCGGUGGUCAUUCGCAUUUUCUUUUAUCAUCAACAGGUGGAUUGGUUGUACUAUCUUGCAUUUGGCCUGGUUGCUAUCGGGUUGAUUAUCUACUCAGUGCAUGAUAGCAAAAAGGCCAAUGGAACAACCAACGAAGAUGAGUCCGAAUCUUUACAGUAUGAACAACUUGCCGAAGAAAGUUCAGCGAUAUAUAAUGGCGUUUUAGCAGCCUGAUUCUGAUACAUCUACUGGUUCAGAGAUCAAGGAAGCUGCAUAUGGUCCAAGAAUGCAAGACUGGAAGUUAACUGAAGUUUUAAUGUCAUCAGUUCGAUUAAAGACAGUGAAAUUUGUAUGAUUUCAAGAUUUGGGGAACGGAUAUGCUAAAUAGAAACAUAGAUUGUAAAUAUGAAAUAAAAUUUAUUUUUGACCA